UCCACUGGUUCGCAACAAGAGAGAAAAACAAAGAGAAACCCACAGUUUCGCGGAGUGGGGCGAGCCGUGCGUGUGUGUAUGUACGUUAGUGUACGGUUCGCGAAUUCUCAUAUCGAUCGAUCGCGUAUGAUCGGCCGCGGCAAUGGCCCUUCAUCGUCGUCCUGAGUGGUGGAACCGGCACCUGGGCUCAACAUAAACGAUGCCAAUGGAGGGGGGGAAACCGAACCGACAGCAUCCACCACCACACAGCGCUGGUUCGGUGCCGCUGCAUCCACAGCACAAUCGGAUGCAGCUUGUACAGGCAAACAGCUCACGGCAGCAGCAGCAGCAGUACCGGUCUGGUUGGUGGUAGCGACGGUCCCUUCUUCGUGGCCUAGCGUGGAAUAAAAGUUGUCCAUUCGCUGCGAACCACUUUCAGUUCGUUUUAUGCAAUAGAGCCGUACGGUGGUAGGAGCGCACGUACCCGGGAGUGCGAAUCGAAAAUAGUCGAACCUUUACCUCUUCCUUCGAUCCGGGUGCAGUGGGCGGGGCGGGUUGUGUGUUUCCUCACCCGUGUAACCCCUGCCGUUUCCAGCCGGGGGCUCAUCAGGUCCUGCCGACCAGCCUAGUGUACGCGAGUGUGGUGAACCGCGCGGGUGCUUGCCGUAGUGUUAGUGUAUAAGUAUCCUGGUGCGCCGUUCUUGUAGUGCUAGUGGUGCUUCGAAAGUGAGAGUUUUGCUAAAAUUGGGUCGAACGGAAUCGUGGAAAAAGAAGGCGCACGGGAAAGGGGCGCAACAUAAAUUUCCCUUUCAUUCGGUGUUCGGUGCUGAUUAAUCUCACCCUCACGGAUGGUGCAAACAACAACAAAAAGUGGGCCAAUUUUGCAAAAGUGUCCCAAGUGUGUGUUGCUGAGCUGAAGAGUGUUUCGCCUCCUUUGAUAUAUUUUGCUUGCGUGUUGUGCUGUUCGAUGUAAAACGGAGGCAACCUACUGGGCGGGUAAUCCUGUUUCGCGCAAAGCCUUUUUCACAACAUCACAAAUGUCACCGGCUCCGGCUGCGGUGCACGAGGAAAUGGAAAUGCGGCAAUGUAGUGAAAUCAAUAAACGUGAGCAUUGGCGGCGGAAAAUCGGCGGCAGCUGGCUGCACGGACGACCCGCCUGCUCGCGGCUCGAACGGUGCGCAGCGACGGUUGCGACGGUCGGCCUGCUGUGGUUGGCGGUUGGCAGCACGCUCGCGGUGGCCAGCUCCGUGCACGACGGUCACUGCAAGCAUCAGCAUCCGAAGGCGCAUGAGGUUGUGCAUGGAGUCCAGCUCGAACCGCUGCAUGUGAUCCGCAAGCGAAGCAUCGAUCAACCACUUCGAAUACUGAUCGUGUACGAUGAAUCCGUCUACCGCUUAGAUACCGACAAAUUCUCACUUAUAAACAACACAAUCCUACCGGAAGCGGUUCGCUUUUGGGAGCAGGCCUUGAUGGUGCGCCAGACAAAGGAAACCAUAAGAUUGAAUCGAAAGUGUGAAAGCAGUCAGGUGUUUGUGAAGAACUCUAUGACCUAUUGCAUCGAUUCCUGCAAGCAAGUGACGCUCUGUGGCGAAGUACAAGUUCCACCGGACCAUCUCGAUGUAUGUCGCGUGUGCAACUCUACCGGGCAGGAUUGUCACGAAGAUGCAAACACAACGGCCGGUCCGGGAAUAUCAAACGCGGACUUUGUGUUUUACGUCUCAGCGCUCCAAUCGGAACGGUGCCAUAAAGGGCUUACGGUGGCGUAUGCGGCCCAUUGCCAGCAGGAGGCAGCGCUCGAUCGCCCGAUUGCGGGCCAUGCCAACCUCUGUCCGGAUAGCAUUAGCACCAAACCGCAAGAGCUGCAAACGCUGCUGUCUACGGUGAAGCACGAGAUACUGCACGCGCUUGGCUUUUCCGUUAGCCUGUACGCGUUCUUUCGCAAUGAUGAUGGAACACCGCGAACGCCCCGCAAACCGGACACCGGAAAGCCGUAUCUGAAUGAGAAGUUUCAAAUUCACCAGUGGAGUGAUGACACCAUCCGAAAGGUGGUCCGCACUGACUGGGCCGUGCGGGACGGUACGAUCAAUCGGACGAUCGAUAUGUUCGUGACGCCGCGUGUGGUGCGGGAGGUUCGCGAUCAUUUCGCCUGCCAGAAGCUGGAGGGUGCCGAGCUAGAGGACCAGGGUGGCGAAGGUACCGCGCUGACGCACUGGGAAAAACGGGUGCUGGAAAACGAAGCAAUGACCGGCUCGCACACCCAGAGUUCGGCCUUCUCGCGCAUCACGCUGGCGCUGAUGGAGGAUUCGGGAUGGUACAAGGCCAACUACAGCAUGGCAUCACCGCUGACGUGGGGCCGUGGAUUGGGUUGCAAUUUUGCGAUGCGCAGCUGCAAGGAUUGGAUCACCUCCAACACCCUAAGAGGACGUUCGAUACAUCCGUUCUGCGCAAAGGUGAAGCGUGAUCCGCUGCAAACGGAAUGCACCGACGAUCGAAGUUCCGUGGCGUUGUGCAAUCUGGUGCGCCACACUACGCCACUGCCAGCGCAAUACCAAAAUUUUGACUCGCUAGCGCACGUUCCUGUUGGCGAGGAAGGGUACUACGGUGGAUCCGUUUCCCUUGCCGAUCACUGCCCCUACAUACAAGAGUUUACCUGGCGCAGCAAAAACGUAGUCGUCCGUGGAUCACAGUGCCAGUUUGAGGAUAACAAUCCUAAGCCGGAGAAAAACUUCGCCCUCGAAUCGUACGGCGCCACGUCCAAGUGUUUCGACCACAGCGAAAACAUGUGGGAGGAACGGUCGUGCAGACAAACGCGCGAAUGGCAGCACUGGGGCUCGGGAUGCUAUCAGUACCGUUGCCAGCAAGGCCGUCUGCACAUUCUGAUUGCGAACAAAUCGUUCGAGUGUUACUUUGCCGGCCAGAAGCUGAAGGUGCAGCUGAUGGCCGAAGGGUGGCUGCAUCGCGGUGCCGUCGUUUGUCCCUCGUGCAAAGAGAUCUGCAACGCCGAGUUCGAACGGCGCGGGGAGCGUUGCAAGGUGAGCGAAGAUGCUCCACCGGACAGCUUCUAUCCCCGGGACGAGCUAAAGUGUAGCGGCGCACAAACGCACCACUCGCGGACGUUACUGUCGAGUUUGAUACUUUUAUCGCUGGCUGCGGCCGCUAGCACGAGCGUGCCCCGGAUAUACAGCUAAUCCACGGCUGCCCUUGCUCGAUUUGUUCUGCAAUGCCGUGCAUUGCGAGGACAAGUGUGUUACGUAGCCACGUACCGUUUUAUCAACCAUUUCAUGUAUAUGUGAUAUAAUAUCAGUCCGCAGCAUCUCACAGUAUCUUUCCGAUGCAAACAGUCAAAACAUCGGAUAUGGUACGAUCCCCGCGCUAAUGCAUGGUGUUGGUAAGAUGCUGAUUUGGCAGCACCAAUUGAGAGUGACUGUGUGUGUGUGUUCAAGGGCAAAAUUAGACAAACAGACAUUACAUCACUAACGUGAAUCACCCUGCAAUUGAUAGCUAGUAUUAAAGGUAUGGUUUGUAUAUAACUGCCUGAAGUUAACAGUACGCUGGACACAGUAUGUCCUUUCUUGAAGAAGCACCGUUUCUUAUCUCAACCCGCAUGGCCGUGCAACAUUCCAUCGUGUAAAGUGAUACUU